AUGCUUCGCUUUGAAAGGAUUUACGAUGUUGUUGAAGAGGUCGAACAGUACCGUGCUGGAGGCUAUCACCCAGUCCACCUCAAGGACACUUUCCACCAGCGGUAUCAGGUCGUUGGAAAGUGGGCAUAUGGGCAGUUUUCCAUAGUUUGGCUUGCUAAAGACACGAGGUUGUAUUCACCUACCCUCCUGCCAUACUAUACCCGUGACUAUCAAACUGAUGCCCGUCUUUCUAGGCUUCAAAAAUACGUAACGUUAAAGAUUCUCAAAGCGGAUGCCUCAAGGGAGAGCCAAGAACUUCCUAUCCUCCUUCAUCUAUCAAAAGCAAAUACAAAUCAUCCUGGAAGAAACAGCGUCCUGCAAUUAUUGGACCAUUUUGAGCAUAGAGGUCCUAACGGCUUACACCUUUGUCUUGUAUUCCCUGUCAUGUUGUCUGAUGGUAAUAAAAUGACUAUUGAAGAAAAGCCUCGUCACUCAAAUUAUGUUCGCGAGAUUUCGAAACAAAUAUUGCAAGGGUUAGACUUCAUUCAUGAUCAGGGCUUGAUUCAUGGAGACCUCCAUCCAGCCAAUAUACUCUUCACUGUGAACUCCGAUUCGCCAGAGGAAAUGUUAAUCGAACCUGAACUUGCCUAUGUUCAUUGGCGCCCAGGGGUUGAAGUUGAUAACAGUGCACCGCGGUAUCUGGUGACCUCCCAACGUCCUGAUGGAAUGCUAGACAAUACAGCGUUCUCAGAACUUACCGUCAGAGUUGGUGAUCUGGGCGGAGCUAUAUGGAACACACAGCAUGAUGUCGAUCCUGUAACGCCAUUGGUGUUACAAGCUCCCGAGUUACUCCAGCCACAUUCUCGGCAUCAGAAGGCUGAUAUAUGGGCUUUUGGGUGUCUGAUAUUUCAGCUUAGUACAAACGAACCACUCUUCCCUGCUGAAUCAUUUGGUUGCACCAGUGAUGAAAGUCGUGAGAUGUUGCUAUCUCGCAUGUAUACCUUGUUCGAGAAUGGGAUCCAAGGAUUCGCUAUGUACCUUGGCGAGAGAAUACCGAAUAAUUUUGGCCAAGACAACAGUGAGAAGCUGGUAGACUUUCUUUGGUCAGCGCUACAGGAACACGCAGAGGAUCGGAAAUCAACCACCGACCUUCUCAACCACCCAUUUCUAGUUGGAUGA